ACAUGUACAGAAACCACACACAUACAACACACUUACAGAACACAAACAUAUAUCUAAAAAGCCGGCAGCCCCUUUCUCGAUCUGGUUCACGAUUCGGAGUCUAUGGCCUCUGAAAUUCUUGAAAUCAAUGUAUACGGAGGCAGCAACGCAGGAGGAAGCUCCACCGCUGCCUGCUGCCGAGGAGAAGCCGCCGGAGAAGGAAGAAGAUAAAAAAGCAGAGCAAGGAGAUGAAAAGAAAGCCGGCCACCCCCUUUCUCUCAGACCGUCCAAGCCGUCUCCAAGCCCAACCUUUCUACCGAAGCCACUGAGGGUUGAGUCGACGGUCAGCGCAGCGUUAGAGUAGAGAAGAUAGCGGCACAGCUGAUUGGCGUCGAGAUUGAACAAGGAUUAGCCCCUUUCUCCAAGCCCUAACCCUAGCUCCCUCUCUCAUUCGAAGCCCUAAAUUCGAAGGACACGAAUUGAGCUCUCUCAACGCACUAUGGCAGGAUCUUUGUUGAAGUAUCUUUCAAAGCUUCAGGUUGAUGAAGAACCAGCAAUUAGAACGAACACCACUAUACUACUUGGGAAUAUCGCCACUCGCCUUAAUGAAGGGAUUUCUGAAACGACAAUGCAGACAUGGAAAAGAGUUUUGAUAAAUGCAUUGAUAGUUCGUGCUUUGCGUGAUACAUUUUCUCCUGCACGAGGAGCUGGUGUUAUGGCUUUAUGUGCCACCAGUUCCUAUUAUGACAUCACUGAAAUUGCAACUUGGAUUCUACCGAACGUUGUUGUGCUUACCAUUGAUCCUGACAGGUCAAAGCUAGGAUUGCGAUUGCCGUUACUUUUUUUGUUGCCGUUAUAUUAUUUGUAUGGCUCAUGAAGAAGUUGCAUAUAUGUAAUGGAAGAGAGAGACUAAAACAAAGUAAGAAGAUAUAAGAAUUUUUGUUUUAUUUUGGUAUGGUAUAAGAAAUUAGAAAUUUGUAUAUGAUUAAUUUUUGUAUAAAACAAUGAUUUGGAAUUGGUUAUAUAUAUAUAUAUAUGAUAUUGGUUAGUUGUAA